AUGGUCGAUUCACCUGUUUCUCACAGAGUUAAAAUCAAUGCUUCGGAGCAAGAUCAUUUGAUUGACUCUGUUACAGUCUUUCAGACAGGUCAAGCCGAGAUCAAACGUCAUGUCCAACUUCAUCUCAAGAUUGUCACCGAGCAUCUCCCAAGCCUUCUUGUCGAAGACUCCUUGCGCGUUCAAGGGACUGGUACUGCCAUCAUUUUCGACGUUGUAUAUCAUUCUCCCAAUAAGCAGUCUCGACUCUAUCCAAAACACGAUGAAAGUAGUGAUGAAGGUAACGAAGAGGAGAGUGAAUGCUACGAUACGAUACAGGCUCUAGAGAAGCAACGCAGCACAGUUGAGAGCCAGGUCUCGUUUCUGCAAGCAUACGGCAGCUCAUUGAGUAGCCAAAACUAUAGCGUGAAAGAUCUGGAUGACUUUCUGGAUAUGUAUGGGUCUCGACAAGAUGCACUAAACAAAAGGAUACGGGAGCUGGACUUGGAUAUCAAACGAGCAAAAAAGACGUUUCGCACAGUACAGAAGAAACAAACGGAGCACAAACCCCAAGCGUACAGACGCACCAAGGUCACUGUCACCGUGAUAUCCGAGGAAGAAGGCAGAGCAGAACUGAUACUAACAUAUGUUGUAUGGAAUGCAAGUUGGACUCCAAUUUACGAAGUCCGAGCCUCGAUGUCUUCAUCUCCCAACUCUCCGUCUACUGUUAUGCUACAUUACCGAGCGUCGCUUACUCAAACAACUGGGGAAGAUUGGUCAGAGGCGACUCUAACAUUAUCGACAGCAGCACCCUAUCGUGGGGUUAACAUGCCAAUAUUAUCAACGUGGCGUAUUGGCGUGCCACCAAUGGCAGAACGACGAGAACAGUACCGGUCCCGAUCUAGAUCUCGAUCCUUAUCUCGAUCCCCAAUAAGAAUUGCUCGCGUGCUGGAAAGUUCAGAUCGCUCAGCCUCACGAGGACGUCCGUGUUCGCCAAUCCUUCCAGUUAUAAAGGAUAAACCUACUUCAAUGACCAUUCGUCAAGCAAGCGAAGUUGAUACAGGAGUACUUAGUGCAACAUUCAAAAUCCCAGGGAUUAGCAACAUUCCGAGCGACGAAGGAAACCAUAAAGUGCUUAUAUGCUCGCUAGACCUCCAGAUAAACCCCGAAUGGAUUUGCAUACCACGAAAGGAUGAAGCCGUAUUCCUACGGUGCAAAAUCGUCGGCUCAAGUGAAUAUACGUUUCUUCCGGGAGAGGCUAGUGUAUUUAUAGGGGAUAGUUUUGUAUCCAAGAGCCAGAUUCAAGAUGUUCCAACAAAUGACUCCUUCCAACUCUCACUUGGCACCGACCCCACACUCCGUGUAACCUAUGUGCCCGUUCAAACUCACAAACACACGACAUCGGAGCCCGGAUUCAAUUUCCCCGGGCGUCAAAAACAAGCCAAGCAAAUAAUAACAAAGUACUCCCAGCAAAUUAAUAUACGAAACACUCGCUCGACGGUGGUUCCAGCCUUGCAUAUAAUUGAUCAUGUGCCCGUUAGCAACCUCGAGACCCUCAAAGUGAAAGUCGUCUCACCCCAAGGGCUACGAGAAAACCAUAGGCCCACGGAAAGCGGUGGUGCUCAAAGUCGCGGAGAAGUCUGA